AUACAUUUCGCCUGCAUAAAAUUCCAAAAUGGCUUCUAACCCCCCUGGACCUUGCUGCGCCACUGGCUUCAAGCAUGAAGGCAACCCAGUUGGUGAGAUCAAGAACGUCAACGGCGUCGACACCUACAUUGUCUACCCGCAGAACAAGAGCACCGAGAAGGUUGUCAUCUUCCUGAGCGAUAUCUUCGGUAUCUAUGUCAACGCCCAGCUCCUCGCUGACGAGUUCGCCGCCAAUGGAUACACUUGUGUUAUCCCCGACCUUUUCCAGGGAGACGCCAUCAAGGUCAGUGACAUGGAAUCUGGAAAGGCUGACCUCCCUGCCUGGCUCCCCAACCACCAACCUAGCCAUGUCGACCCCGUCGUCGAGUCAACCGUCAAGUACGUCCGCGAGGAAUUGGGCGCUAAGCGUGUUGCCGGUGUUGGAUACUGCUUCGGUGCCAAGUAUGUCUGCCGCCACAUGAAGGAGGGCAAGAUCGACGUUGGUUUCAACGCCCACCCUUCCUUCGUCACCCACGAGGAACUCGGUGCUAUCACCGGUCCUCUGUCCAUCGCCGCUUCCGAAAUCGAUCAGAUCUUCACUACCCAACUCCGCCACGAGUCUGAGGAGACUCUGAAAAAGACUGGCCAGCACUGGCAAAUCAACCUGUUCAGCGGUGUUUCCCACGGUUUCGCUGUCCGCGCGGACCUGAGCAACAAGCACUUCAAGUUCGCUAAGGAGCAAGCUUUCUGUCAGGCUGUCAACUGGUUUAGACAGUACCUGUGAACUAAAAGCAUAGAUUGUUAAUAACUAGCUUUUUGUAUAUAUCGACUUCAUGCUAACGAAUUGAUUUGAAGAAUGG